UAAUCACGCAAGUUUUUUUUAGAGAGAGAAGAGAACACAAACAUACCAAGUCUUGGAAUCUCGUUUCGCGGUCCAUCAAACCACGAAUAACGAGGAACUAAUUUUUUCUUUCCUGUUUUAACCCUCCUCCUUCUCCUUCUUCUUCUUCCUAUUUUGUUCUUCUUCUUCUUCUUUUUAAUAAUAAAAAAAUCUUUUUUUUUUCUCUUUCUUUUUCUUUUGUUGUUGUUGUUUUGUUUGUGAUUUGUGUUGGGUUUUUGUUGAUAAUACACAUAAUUCCCUAUUUUAUAAUUAGUGUUCCUUUCUUGUACUGCUCCUUCUCUGCUAUGGAGAGAGAGAGAGAUUAGAAAGAGAGAGUCCAAAAAGAGCUCCAAAUUUCCAUGGAUGCUUCGAUCUUCUCCCUCCUCACUUUCAAACAGAUCUCAUUCUCAUAGAAAAAACCCAAUUCCCCAUUCCCCAUUCCCCAAUCCUCAUCCCCAUGUAAGAAACUUUUCCUUUUUCUCUAAUUAAACAAACCCCUUUACUUCAUUUUCUUUUAUAAUUUUCUUCCCUUUUUCUUUCUUUCUCCAUUCUCAUUUCUCUCACGUGUUUUCCUCUCAUCUUCGAUUUUUCGUUUAUGGGUAUUUCAGUUUAGUGUGCUAUUGACUCAUUCAUGCCUGCUUUUUCUUUCUCUACUUCGUAAUUCCAUUGCUUGAACAAUUUCUCAUCGUUUCUUUUUGUUGCUGUUUGCUAGACCAGGUUCAAUGGGUUUCGCUUGGGAUCCACCCCUUUUUAUUUUUGGGUUUACUGCAAUCAUUGUCAUUCUUAAUUUAAUUUAUUAAGUUUUCUUCUUCCUUUUUUUUUUUCGUUAAGACUGAUCUGGGGUUUCCCCCUUUUUUUUGGAUUCUUGUGUAGUGGGUGUUCGUUUUUUUUUCCUCACAUUUUCUUCCCGCAUAUAAUGCCGCGUUCUUGAGGCGAUUUCAUGGGUUGAACUGUGAGGAACAAUGGGUAGCGUUAGCGGAGAUGAAGAAUCCCCAUUUUUUGAUGCCCAAGAGAUCGAUGCUCCUUCGAUAUCUGAACCCAAUUGCGAUCGUAUUGAGGCGGCGGCCUUUGAUUCUCAUCCCAGAUUCAACAAUUGGGUCGAUGGGAGUUUGGUUUAUGAUGUAUGGAAUCGAAGCCCCAAGAGUGUUCAUGAACGUCGGAGGAAGUUUUUGAAAUGGAUGGGGAUGGGAUUAGAUCGAACUCCUCCAUAUCAUGUCAAUUCUCUGUCUCUCUGCAGUGAUUGGAGAGAAGGGGAUGUAUCCUCUGAUUUUGAAGAUGUGUUUUGCUCAGGAAGAUCUUCUAUGUCAUGUUGGUCUACUGAUGAUAUUGAACUUUCAGAGGUGACUUCAACCAAUACCAUUCUGUAUAGGGAUGAUGGGAUUAAGGGAGAAUGUGGCAGGAAAAAUGGGGAUCUUAAACCCUCUGUUCGGUUUGCUAUGCCUGCAGAGCUUGAGGAGACUUCUAGUUCCUCACCAACUUUCCAACAACUGAUGGAAAUGGAGGCUGAGAGAGCAAACAUUCCAUUGCAUUCAGCACGAAGAGUCAACAAACGUUGGCUUAAGAAAUUGCGAUCGGCAGCCUGCAUUUUUGAUAAGCAUGGUAAGUCAACAAGAUUGGUAGUUGAUGAUGAUUCGGCUGCAGGGUCGAGAGUUCGGAGGGUGAAAGUUCGCCAUUGCAAGAAGCAUUUGAAGGAACUAUCAGCCCUGUAUAUGGGACAAGAUAUCAAGGCACAUGAAGGUGCUAUUUUGACAAUGAAGUUUAGUCCUAAUGGACAGUAUCUUGCUACUGGUGGUGAUGAUGGGAUUGUUAAAUUGUGGCAAGUGAUUGAAGAUGAGAGAUCUAACGAAUCUGACAUCCCUGAAAUUGAUCCAUCCUGCAUUUACUUCACGGUGAAUCGUCUCUCCGAGUUAAAACCCCUGCUUGUGGAGAAAGAGAAGAUGGCUAACUCAAUGACCUUGAGGAAAACAUCGGAAUCAGCUUGUAUAAUUUUUCCACCUAAAAUCUUCAGGAUAUUGGAGACACCACUGCACGAGUUCCAUGGACAUUCUGGCGAUAUUUUGGAUCUCUCUUGGUCAAAAAACAAUUAUCUUCUGUCAUCAUCAAUUGAUAAGACUGUCCGACUUUGGCGAUUGGGAUCUGAUGAUUGUCUCAGAGUUUUUUCACAUAGUAAUUAUGUUACUUGUGUUCAUUUUAAUCCCAUGGAUGAAAAUUACUUUAUCAGUGGUUCAAUAGAUGGAAAGAUCCGCAUUUGGGGAGUUCCUUCUUGUCAAGUUGUUGACUGGAUUGACAUUAGGGAAAUUGUCACUGCAGUGUCUUAUCAUCCUGAUGGACGGGGAGGAAUUGUUGGCUCCAUUAAUGGUACUUGCCGCUUCUUUAAAGUAAUAGGUGACAGUAACCUGGAAUUAGACGGUGAAAUAUGUUUGUCCAGUAAGAAGAAGUCACCCAGUAAAAAGAUAACGGGGUUUCAGUAUUCUGCAGAAGAUUCAAGCAGAAUAAUGGUGAGCUCCGCUGAUUCUCGAAUCCGGAUUAUUCAAGGGCUUAAUGUGAUUCAGAAGUACAAGGGGCCAUGUAAUAUCGGAAACCAGAUGUCUGCAUCAUUUACCUCAGAUGGGAAACAUAUUAUCUCGGCUAGUGGGGAUUCUAAUGUGUAUGUAUGGAACUGCAGUUAUAAGAACGAGGCUGUUCUUUCCCCAUUGAAAAAGAUCAAGUCGUAUGAAUAUUUCUCUUCUAAUGCUUCCAUUGCGGUACCAUGGUGUGGUCUGAGAUCUAACACAGAGGUUGAUGGAAGACACUUUCCUGGCAUGCAAAGGAAUUUGUCUGACACUUUCCCGCUUCCAUCACCUGCAUUUUUCUCUUUGAGCCAAGAGUUAUUAGAAUCCUUCCCCAAGGGAUCCGCAACUUGGCCCGAGGAGAAGCUCCCAACUUCAAGCCUACUAACGAGACCAUCUAUGAUGCAUAAAUCUCGGUAUAAGUUUCUGAAAUUGUCUUGCCAAAAUACAUCAAGCUCUCAUGCAUGGGGUCUUGUCAUCGUGACUGCAGGAUGGGAUGGACGGAUCAGGUCGUUUCACAAUUACGGUUUGCCUGUACCUGUCUGAAAUUUCAGGUUUUUUCAAAAACAUGAAGUGAUUUCUUCAUAUUUUGGUGCCUCACAUGUUAGUGCCUCCUGGCUGAGUAAAAGCUACGAUGGAAGCCUGAUCUCAUUUUAGAUGAUCAACUAAUGUUAUCACCAGCUGCAAUAAAACAUAAUCAUAUGUGCUGAUAGAUGAUACGUUACCAUUUUUGGAAUUUCCUCGAGCAUCUAUAUAGAUUUUUCUGAUACUCUAGGGUCAGUUUAUGGAAAUGACAAUUGAUGGAAGAAGCUUCUCUGUAGAGGAAACGACUUCGAAUCAGCUAGUGGCCAAGGUUAGCUUACCUGGAUCCUCUUGUCAAUCAUCCUCUAGGCAGUUUAAUCAUAGACUUAGUAAUGUUCUGACGAGUAUUUGCUGCUGGCCAGUAACAAACAUGUGAAGUCAUUCAUGUAUUGGGGGAAAUAACACUGAUACGAGACGUUGUCUCGACGAUGCAGGUUACUGCAGGGCUUGGAGGACCUCUUACCUCUUGCCUUUUCUGCUCGAACGUGGUCAUGGAAAUCAAGAUUGGUGGUCUGAAUUCACUGAAGGAGAAUUGAUAUAUGCCAUUACAUCUUGUGGGCCAUUUUUGAUUGAUUUGAUAUUUUGACCAUUUCUACUUCUGCUUCGUAUCAAGAUGACGAGAGACAUGAGGAUUUGAGCGUGGGGCAAACAUAGUCAGUCAUUUUCAUCUGAUGAGACUUUACCUGCCAGGCUGGUCUUUGAAAUGAAAGAGGAGGAAAAAAAAAGUUUUUUUGUUUGCUUCUUGCUGCAUGUUUGCUGUAUCAUUACACACUAACACAAGUCUGCAGCGACCCUUUUGCUAACAGAGAUUAUAGGUUGUAUUAUUCUUACUUAUUUCAUUCAACAUCAUCUUUAGGUCAGGUGUUAUGAGCUUAAGCUAAGCUAUGUAGCAUCCUUCGAGUUCCAUCUGUUGUAAAUACAAGCUCUCUGUGCAGGAGGCUUAUGCUUUUCUUUUUCCCCCUUCUCUUGUAAAAGAUGUUCUAUAGAAGCCACCAUAGAAUUGAAAGUUUAAACAGAUUGAGAACAUUUGAAGUUUA